GCGCGCCAACACAGCAUAGCACAGCCAGCACAGCCAGCACAGCCAGCAUCAAGCUGUCAAGGUCGUCGUCUCUCUGGCGUUUGUUGUUGCAGGCGAAGUUCCAGCCGUCAGCCGUGUCUGCUAGGGCAUAUACCUGCCCAGCCAAGAGCCAAACCUGUCCGGAAGGCUCCUAACUUUACGGCCAGGCAGGUCCAGUCAGCAUGCGCGUGCGACUCCAGGGGGGUCGGGGCCUUGCAGCCCGUUGUUUCCGAGGAAACUUAGUGCCGUCGGCCCCCUUGUUCCCGCGCGGGAUGCGCGGAACUCGGGCAAGCUUUCUCGCUCGUUACGCCACGCCACUGCUACUCAUGCGGCAUUGUCGCUCGAUCUCAAGCGCGUGCUUCCCGCGGGGUCCAGGGAAGCGCGCUCGCCGCGAUGGCGCCUGGCCGCCGCGGCCUGGGUCGAGCAGAUUUGUCGGGAUUCGCUGCAGUCGCCCUGGCGGACCAUCUUCCACACCAUAACGCCGCCUCGUACUAUAAAACCCGUAUUUGCUCUCGAGCUUCUCAUCUUGUGAAACCAUCCGGCGGACCUACGACUCGUGCACUUUCCCCUCACAUUCCCUCCCUACCACCAUUUGGUUAGACCAUCUCUGUCUUCAGCAACUUUGACCAUCUCUCUCUACUAGAGCGAGCCUCGUACAUCGUUACCAUCUAUCCCCGGCGGCAUUAUGGCUUCGUCGAAGCUUCUCGCUCUCGCGCUUCUGCUGCUCGUCGUCGUCAGCCUGACGACCUUCGCCGUCGCCGACGACGACGACGACGACCGUCGUCCGGAGCGCGAGCGCAAGCGGGACGGCACGGGCAACCAGGAUCGCGACCGCGACCCGCGACCGCGACGGCUCUUGCGGUGGCAAGUCUGGCGGGUGCAGGGAACAGGGCUGGCGGAAGUGGGAACUGUAACGGAAGUGGGUCUGGUAACUGCAAUGGGAGUGGUGCGGGGAGGAAGGGAGGGAGGAGGGGAGGACGAGGGAACAGCGACAAUGAUGGUGAUGAUUAGACUAGAAUUGAGGUGGACGGGUUGGUGUGAUUCCAGCUGUCUUGCUGGAAGCUAGAUGGCCUCAUGGAGCUGGGAAAACAAGGGAGAAGAGAUGCAUGGAGAAAGUGGAUUGGGGAAGCAAACAUUCCGAAGUUGGAUAUGGUGGUUCUGAGAAUGGUGGGCUGGAGUUUAGCUAGAAGUUUGCUUUGUGCUUUGUGGGCUCUGGUAUGGUCUUGCUUUGUUAUGGUUGUUUUGGUUGCUUGAGAGCUUCUUAUUGCAGCUGGUCUUGACUGAUUAGUAGUGGUUUGGUUUGUAAAUGAAAUGGAAAAUGGAUU